AUGGCAGUCCGUCGAUUUCGUCGCAUCACCAUCCUCGCCUCCCUCCUGGGUGUAUUCCUUCUCUACCACUUUCUCUCCAUCCGCCCGGAGCUCUACACCCGCAGCGCCACCCAGCUCCGCACUCCGCAGACCACCCCGCAGAGCGCUCCAAAUGAGCCGCCCGAAUGCCCCCCUCUCGAGGGGAUCGAAGAUGUCCUAGUAGUCAUGAAGACAGGUGUCACCGAAGCCCUCGACAAAGUCCCGGUUCACUUCCAAACAACCCUGCGCUGCGUCCCGAACUAUAUCAUCUUCUCGGAUUUUGAAGAAGAAAUCGAAGGCGUCAAAAUCCAUGACGCUCUCCGCACUAUGGACAGCACUGUCCGAGACACCGUUGCCGACUUCAACCUCUACAACCGUCUCCGCGAACAGGGUCGCGCUGGUCUCGAAUCAGCCGACUUCGCCGAUGAAGCCAAUUCCAAUAUCGGCAAACCUAAUAAUCCGGGCUGGAAGCUCGACAAGUGGAAAUUCCUUCCCAUGGUGCAACAGGCCCUCACCUACAAGAAUAACGCCAAAUGGUAUGUCUUCAUGGAGGCAGAUACCUAUUUCUCGUGGCCGACACUCCUCGAAUGGCUCUCGCAUUUCGAUCCUAAAGAACCCCACUACAUCGGCACUGAGACCCAGAUCGCAGACGUCAUCUUUGCGCAUGGCGGGUCCGGCUUCGUUGUCUCCAACCCCGCGAUGCAACUCGCCUCGAACGAGUACGCGACCCGCACUGUAGAACUGAACGAGUACACCGACUGGCACUGGGCUGGCGACUGUGUCUUGGGCAAGGUUCUCGCCGACGCCGGUGUUCCCCUGCGCUACUCCUGGCCGAUCCUGCAGAACUCCAACGUCGGAGAAUUGGACGAGUUCGCCAAGGGAUUCUACCGCAAGCCAUGGUGCUUCCCCGCAGUAGCAUUCCACCACCUCACAUCUCACGAGAUCCAGGAUCUCUACGAGUUCGAGAAACGCCGACGUCGACAGGCCACCAGUAACAUCCUCCUCCACCGCGAUGUCUUCAAAGAACUCAUCUACCCUGAACUCUCCAAUGUCCGCGACAGCUGGGACAACCUCUCCGACGAGGAACACCCCAAAAUCACCGACUUCCACGAAUGCAAAACCCUCUGCUCCAGCUCCCGAAGUUGCGCGCAAUUUGUCAUGCGCGACGGCAUCUGCUUCACGGGCGAAACGCCCCGACUGGGAGUCAGGAAUCCGACAGCCCGAUCUGGCUGGAUCCUCAGCACAGUCGACCACAUGAUGGACAACGCGCCACGCUGUCCUCAUCCUGACUUUGGACUCUGA